AUGACAGCAACUUCAAGAGUGAUACUGAUGGACUCCGAGUGCAAUCCUAGCAAGACGAAGCAAGCCAUUGCUCGUGCCUUUCGUCCAGGCCAGCAGAAGGUCGUUUACGUGUACUUGUUGCUUGCGACUGGGACGCUUGAAGAGGACAAGUACAGGAGGACGAUUUGGAAAGAGUGGUUGUCGUGCAUGAUAUUCAACGAGGCGUUUGUGGAAGACCCCUCGCAGUGGCAAGCAGAGAAGAUCGAAGAUGCUGUGCUGAGGGAAAUGGUGGAGGAAGAUCGCGUGAAAUCGUUCCAUAUGAUCAUGAAGAACGAAAAGGCUUCAACGGGUUAA